AUGGCAGGUCUCGUGGACAUUGAAGAUUUGAGUGUCCAGGACGACGGCGGUGCUGCCGCAGACGCGCGGGGAUCGCGGCCAGCCGUUGUGGGCCGGAGUGUGCGCGAUCCGGUCCACAAUGGGAUGGGCGGAGGGCCGGGCGGCGGUGUGCCGGGCAGCCAAUCGAUCUGGGUGAAGACCUUCGGCUGCGCUCACAACCACAGCGACUCGGAGUACCUGCAAGGGCAGCUGCAGGAGUAUGGAUACAGGCUGCUGGACGACGAUGACAGUGCCUCUGCAGAUCUUUGGCUUGUAAACACUUGCACUGUGAAGGGGCCCAGCGAAUCAGCAAUGUCUACAAUUUUAAGGGAGGGCAAGAGCACGGGAAAGAGGCUCGUUGUGGCAGGCUGUGUGCCUCAAGGGGACAGAAAGCACAGGGACCUGGAGGGCCUGAGCAUCGUUGGUGUUGCACAGAUAGAUCGGGUUGUGGAGGUGGUGGAAGAGACCUUGAAAGGGAAUGUGGUUCGUCUCCUUGGCAAGAAAAAGACACUGCCAAGGCUGGACCUGCCGAAAGUCAGGAGAAACAGUCAUGUGGAAAUUGUCCCCUUGUCCACAGGCUGCCUGGGAAGGUGUACAUAUUGCAAGACAAAACAUGCUCGUGGAGAACUGGGAAGCUAUGACUUGGAAGCCUUGGUCAGCCGGGUUCAGCACAUUGUCCAGGACCCUGAAGUCCGGGAAAUCUGGUUGAGCAGUGAAGACACAGGUGCAUAUGGCCGCGAUCUGGGCACCAGCCUUCCUGCCCUGCUGCAGCGGCUUGUUGCUGUGCUGCCCCCCGAUGGCAGGGCGAUGCUUCGGCUGGGAAUGACGAAUCCGCCAUUCAUCCUGGAGCACCUGGAUGCUAUAGCAGAAUGCUUGAACCAUCCUUGUGUCUUUUCAUACAUCCAUGUGCCAGUGCAGUCUGGCAGCAAUGAUGUACUGGAAAGGAUGAAGAGGGAGUAUACAGUGGAAGAAUUCCAGCUGGUUUGCGACACACUGCUGCGAUUGGUGCCCACACUGGAGUUAGCAACAGAUAUCAUCUGUGGCUUCCCAGGCGAGACAGAUGAGGACUUUGAGAGAACUUUAGACCUUGUUGCACACUACAGGUUUCCACACUGUCACAUCAGUCAAUUCUAUCCGCGGCCUGGCACACCAGCAGCAAGGAUGAAGAAGGUUGUGUCACAGGUUGUGAAAGAGAGAAGUCGAAAAAUGACAGCACUGGUAGACGGGUUUGAGGGGGUAUAUGAACACCUCGUGGGCUCUACCGUGCGAGUGUGGGUAGUGGACUUUGCGCCUGAUGGCUGCCAUCUUGUGGGGCACACUGAGACAUACGCCCAGGUGCUUCUGCCUCCAGAGGAUGGGCUCAUGGGAUCAGUGGUGCAUGCAAAGAUUAUGUCCUCCUCACGAUGGUCCGUUGUUGGAGAAGUCAAGGAAAUAUUGUUCAGGCCCCCUUCUUGUGAGCAUGGCAUGUCGAUACAGUCCAUGCACAACAGACCUCCAAGACAGGCCAGCCGUGCUCACAAGGCUGGCCACGUGCAAAGCAACAGUAAGGACGUUGAGGGGGAGUUGCAGAGCACACCAACACUGAAACGGUUGAAGAAAAGGAGAAAAGGGCCCUCUCUGGGCCCUGGACAGGGUAAUGGACUUGAAUCAGCUCCUGAGACUGGUCUUCGUCAGCAUCUCCAACAGGACUGUGGAAUCUGCAAUGCAACGGAAGUGGGUGGGCUCAAGGUUGGACAGAGCAGAGCUGGUGGCAAUGUUGCAAUGGGCAGGGGCCCAAAGUUUGCAGAUGACAGCACUGAUUGUUUUGACACAAAUGGUGAUCACCAGGAGAUGGCUGGUGCAACUGUCAGAGCCAUCGGGGAUGGCUCCUUGCCAGUGCUCAGUCAAGAGCCAGCCACUUUGGGGUUGAGCCACCUGUUCAAUGCGGACGAAUCAGAAACUGCAGUGAAGGUUUGGAAAAGGGAGAGUUUUGGGUGGAGAAGUUUGGGUGGGAGGAGUCUUGUGAUUGCAUGGGAGAAUGUCGUUGACGAUUUGAUGAGAACAGGAUUACUGAUGGGGCUCCUGGGCAUUUUAGUAGCCGGGCUGGCUGUGCUUUCGAGCGACACCACUGUUCAGCAGUUGUGA